AUGCACAUGAACUUCCUUCUGUUGGCCAGUAUGGUAAUGACUGUGUUGGCCCAUCCUGGCCAUCAUGAACCUGAAUCCCACGCUACAAUUCAGCGUCAAAGCCAUCUUGGCAGACGCUGCGCAGAUCAUAUUGCCACAUUUAACAAGCGUCGCAUGAAUAAACGCUCGUUGACCAAGCGUUGGGAGGAUACCCACAACACCACUUUCGAUAUCCAGACCGAAGCUCCGUACUAUGAGAACAUUCAGAAUGAGACCCGCGUUCUCACCCCAGAAGUGACUUGUGGACCUUACGUCUGGCCUCGAUCUCAAACUUUGCGCCAAGAUAUGACCGAAGACCAAAUUGGAAUCCCACUGUGGCUCGACAUUGGUGUUUUGGAUAUGAACACCUGCCAACCACUUCCCAAUGCGCUGAUUGAUUUCUGGCACUGCAAUGCCACUGGAUCUUACUCUUCCUUCACUGGCCUGUCCCAUAAUACCCGAUUCGAGGAACUUCUCUCGAGCAUGGACAUUUACGACUUUGAAACCGGCGUCACGGAUCUGCACACCGACGAUAGCACCUGGUUGCGUGGAAUGUGGCCUACAGAUGCGCACGGCAUGAUGGAGAUGAAGACCAUCUCCCCCGGUUUCUAUGUCGAACGCGCUAUCCACAUUCACGUCCAAUCGGUAUGGGCAACACGGUCAGCACUGGUCAGCUUUACUUCGCAGAGGAGCUUGAGGGGAAGAUUAUGGUGUUGGAGUCUUAUGUCUCUCACACCCAGAUUAACCGAACCACCAAUGGCAAGGAUACCUUUGACUCUGGCGGCUUCGAGGAUGGAUGGAUACAGCCCUAUUAUCUCUGUUGUCCCUGCCGACGGUAAGGAUGUCAAGAAUGGUAUGAUCGGUUAUCUCACCAUCGGUGUCGAUACCUCUGCCAUCAAAAACCUCAAGAAAUAG